AUGAAAUAUCACACGUUCCCUGGGAACGGCGAGUCUGUUCCACGCUUUUCAGCGCCUUCGAAUAGGCGACCACACAAAUCCCUCAAUGGCCGGUCAGAACAAGUCUCCGAAUUGAUUGCGGCAUUCCUUGAGGCUUUUACAAGGAGGACACAUGCACGGUUUCCUAUCGCUGAACGAAAUGAAGGCUUCUUUGCCACACAGCCUGCCAAGGAAGGCCAUGAUGAUAACAGAUAUCCUCGAGGAUAUACACAGGCAGGAAUCUGGCAAGAACAUAAGCUUCCGUUGGCCAUCAGACGAGACCACCCACGGUCAGCAGAUACACCGAAUAGCAGGCACGUACGACUUAUUUCCGGGAACCGCUCAUCUCAGUCGGCUACUCUCCAUUCAAGUCCUUACCGGUACAUCAUUGACUGA